AUGGCGCACGCCCUCGGCCUCGGGGCCGCGCUCUCCGGGCACGGCGGCGGCGAGCCGCUCCUCACUGUGGCGGGCUAUGCGAGCCUCGUUGACGAGAGGUCUGCACGCGAGACUGUGCCGACGCUCCGCCGCUUUCGACGCGGCACGGUGAGGGAUCACUGCCGCAUCUUCAACCUCGUCUCUAUCAUCAAUCUCUCGCGCGGCCUGGCGAGCGGCCGCCGCCUCGCCACCGCCACAGCUCGCCCGCAGCUCGGGAGUGACCUGCUUGUGGCCCUCUUCGACCUUCCUCUCUCCGAGCUUCCCGCCCUCCUCGCGCGAGAGAGGAGGCUCCGCGUCUGCUGCGUGCCGUACGAGGAGGCUGGCGGCGCACGCGGCCACGCGGCCCUCUUUGGCGAGUACACACACGCCGAGUACCUCAGCGAGCGGUGCGGCGGCGACCCGCACGCCUACCACAACGAGGUUGGCCGGUGGUAUCCCGAGGGCGAGAUCUACCGGCCGGACCUGCUGCCCGUGCCGUCGUACGUCCUGCGCUGCGUGCGCGCGCACCGUGUCGCCGGCCCGGCCGCCCUCGCCAACCUGCUCGACGAGAGCUUCCUCGGGGAUGGAGAGACGUCGCUGCGCACGCAGCUGCGCCGGGAGCUGCAGCCACAGUGCGCACCCGAGAAACAGGGGGCCGGGGAUCCUCCGCCGGGAGGUGACGACUCGCCGUGGACCGAGGCGGAGCGGCAGGAGCUGCGAUCGGUGCUCGGCCUCGACAGCACGUGA